GCAUUAUUCAUCCUGUUCUUUGACGGCGAAACAUAAAGACCAAAAUAUCCGGGUGAGGAUGGAGACGGAUGGAGGCGGAUGUUGGGGUCCGGAUGGUGUCGGCUAUUUCAAAACAUCCGGUGGUGCCCGUCAAUUAUCCGCACCAGACAAAGGCAGUGACGAUGACAAAGACAGUGAGAGAUAUCACCAACUCGACAUCCAUCUCAGCUCGACAAUCAGAAUCUAAAGCAAGCCUCUACACAAUGUCUGCCGCAGCAUCAAUCAGCGCAACCAAACCCUCCCUCACAACCAACGACUCGGCCGUCCUCCAGGCCCUCUUCGAUGCGGAAUCUUCUCCCUCCUCAGGCGUCACCAUCGACCCGACCCUCCCCCAACUCCCAUCACAUCUGAAUAUCUCCGCCAAAGAGCACUCUUUCCUCCAAGCCCGCGAGAAAGAAAUCAUCACCCCGCUAGCAUCAACGACACAGCCAACACCAGAAACCCUACAGUCAGCGAUCAAUGCCUUCGACGCACUCAUCACCCAGCACCCAACAUAUCCCUCUGCCUACGCAAACCGAGCUCAAACACUACGAAUGUUAAUUGAGCCGGAACAGCAAAAGCUCUCUCCAGGAACCGAAAGCGAGAACACAACUUCAGACUUCUUCACGCCCUCCGCGACCCCAUACCUCUCCACCCUCCUCUCAGACCUAGGCCAGGCAAUCACCCUCUCAACACCCAAAUCACCCGCAGACCCAGUCUCCCCAUCCCAAGCGCGACUUCUUGCAGACUCUCACACCCACCGCGCCUACCUGCUCCUAAAAAUAUCCCGACAGCUCAAGAGCAAGAAUGCAACUGAUGUCGAGGCUAUCCCGGAGAGACUGAGGGAGCUAGGGCCCGAGGGGCUGGAGGAGAUGGCAAGUCGAGAUUUCUUCUUUGGCGGGCGCUAUGGCAAUAAAGUUGCGCAGCAGAUGGCUGUGCAGACGAAUCCGUAUGCGAAGAUGUGUGGAGCUAUUGUGAAGGAGGCCAUGACGAAGGAGAUUGAGGGGGGGGUGGUUUAGAUAUGCUAUGUGAAUAUUAAUGGGUAAUGAUAUAGCUUACAAUUCAUAUACUUUGAUUCUGUUAAUGAUAUAUCUUAUUGCUUGAGAGUAAUACGGGUGGGUC